AUGUGUAACAUCCACUUUAACCACUCUUUAGCUGCUAUGAAUGGGCACGACAUUAUGGCUUACUCACUGACUCUGGAGCAGAAGACAGCCUUUGCAUUUGUCGGGAUGCUGUUGAUAUUCUUGGGACUACUGAUCAUAAGAUGCUUUAAGAUCUUGCUGGACCCUUACAGCAGUAUGCCAUCGUCUACUUGGGCAGACGGAGUGGAGGGUCUGGAGAAAGGUACCUUUGAGUAUGCCCUCGCCUGA